AUGCAGAAACCCGGCUCCAUCAUGCCGGACAAGCCCGCGGACCGCAAGGACUCCAUGCCCACGGAGAGGAAGUCCAUGUGGAGGACGGCCGACGAGAGGCGCAUGUCCGACCUCACGCGGGUGAUGGAGUGGCUGGAGCGGAGGCGGGCGAAGAAGCUGUCGCUGGUGCAGCCACAGCCGCAGCCGCAGCCGCAGCCACAGGCCCAGCCUCAGCCGCCGCCGCCCAAGAAACGCACCAAGGGACCCUGGGUGCCCCGGAAAGCAGCGGGGAAGGAGGCGAAGAAAGUCAAAGUCACCUUGCAAACCGAGAGAGAGAAAAGCCGCCAAGUGACAUUCUCUGAGCAGGGCAAGCCGGGGGGCCGGAGGGACGCGGACCCGGCCACCUUCCGCAGGCUCUACGGGACAGACCAGAAGGGGAAGCGCCAGAGCGUCGUCCCCGGCAACUACAGCAAGGAGAGCAUCGGCAAAUCCGUGUCCCAGCUGGAGAUGAAGGACUCGGCCGCCACGGAGUCCACGCCGCGGAUGACAUCCUUCCACCACCAGAGCAUGACGGACUCCACGCUGCAGGACUCCAUCUUCGGGGCACGCAAGUCCACGCUCCUGAGGGACUGGGUGGGCAAGCUGCCCGACACGGCCUACGAGCGCCGGCUGAAGAGCCUCAUGGAGAAGGGCGCCGAGCCCAAGGUGGAGACGGUGAGGGCCCUGAAGCCCGAGGAGGUGCUGAGCUGCCGGUACCUGAGGCUGUCCAAGAACAACAUCCGGACGCUGCUCAAGCUGUGCACGGACGCCGGGCUGGUGGUGGACAUCCACCCCCACAUGGUGGAAGCGGAGAUAGACGCCAAGAAGGUGUUCGCCCCGUACCCCACCGUGGCCCUCUGA